AUCAAUUCCGGGAAAUGAGGCGACGCCCCUCAAACCGUGUGCGGACUAUUCAAAUAAAAAGCCGGAGAUAUGAUAAGAUAACAUUGGUUUUUAACCAGGUAACCGCCGGAGGCUAGUCUCAUUUAACGCUAAAACGCCUCGAUCGAAUAACCCGUUGACAGGAUGCCAACCUACAGAUGGGUAUCGCGCCACGUCGGCCAAGGAGUACCUCAUAAUGCGGUGCAAGGAGGGCGAGAUAUCGAUGGAUCAACCAUCUACGUUGGUCGUGCUUAUCAUAAUGGAGAUGUAAUACCCGCUAAAGUUAUUCCUGACAAACAAGUGGCGUAUGUCAGCCACGGCGGCGAGGAACAUUCAAAGUCUGAAUUCGAGAUCCUCGUUCAGGGGGAGUUUGCCUGGGAGUUCGCCAGCAAUGGUGUUAUUCCACCGGAUGCAGUUGUAGGUGGACAAACAACCGAAGGCGAACCCUUGUAUGUUGGUCGUGUAAUCCACAAUGGUGCACAGACUGUUGGAAAAAUACAGGCGAGCCACGGCUGUCUGUACAUUCCAUACGAUGGGGAAGAGCUGUCUUUCAGGGAUUACGAGGUUCUCGUGUACCACUAAAAGAGUUUUGCAAUCGGCAAUCAUCGCUCAGCUUGAAGAGCAAUAUUAUAUACUAUUCAUUUGUAUAUUUUUAAAAUAAAGAAAUAAAAAAAGUUUUAGAGAA